AUGGCUAGUGGAUUAACGGCGCGUAGACUUAUUCUCCAGCAGCUCACUGCGGUGAUGCAACACAGUCCACUCGGAUGUUCACUCGCACUCAUUCCGUUAGGACGCCCCACUACAUCUAUGAAUAGCCCCAACUCCAAUAAAGUUUCCUGGUUUGGUCGUCUUCUUAUUCAACCUGAAAAGAAUCGUGGUACCUUUACACUCAUGACAGAAGAGGAAAUGGAAUAUCUACGAAGACGACGAGAGGACGACGGUGAUGAGGCGAGAGUGGUUCUCUCCACACGCCCAACACGCCAAAUCUCCAGAGGAAUUGCUGGUUCCAUGCUUAAUGUUGUUCUCUCCUUUUUUCUCUCUCCGAUUCUGGCACUUUCUGUUUCAUUAGAAGCGGUACGAUUAGGCGGUUUACGUCCUCAUACAUUUAUUCUCGCACCAGCAGUGGGACUCACAUGGGGAGCUGUUUUUUUCGUCAUUGCAUGGUAUGCCGCAGCCCAGCAGUUAUUAUUAUGUUUCUUCUAUCAAUUAGAAGCCCCAGUGGUGUAUUUAUGCCGAAGUGGUUACUGCUGGAAUGAGUUUGCUUGUCGCUAUGAAUAUCCCUCUGGUGUUGUUGGACACUCUCAUCCACUCCUCGCAUUAGAGCCAUCAGAGGAGAAACUCCGAGAACGUGCCAUGCGACGGGAGUCCAGACGACAACAACGGGGUGAAAAGAAACGUCCAGUUACAUAUGAACGUGCAAGGAAUAAUAAUAAUAAUAGUGGUAGAUAUACAGAAAAUGAGAGUGAUUACUAUGCUGUUUUAGGUGUAGCCCGUGAUGCCACUCCUCGUGAGAUUCGAGAGGCGUAUAAUCGUCUCGUGUUGGAAGUACAUCCCGACAAAAAUCCCAAUCGCACUGCAGCGGCUCAAUUCGAUGCCGUAACGAAAGCCUAUCGUGUGCUUAGUAAUGCGGAGAAACGGCGUAAAUAUGAUAUUGGUGGAAAAAGUGGUGUAGAUGAUGUUGGGGCAAAGAAGCGAGAGGCUUUACGUGCGUUAUUUGGUGGAGAUGAACUUCAUCGUAUCGUGGGAGAUGUACGCACCGGCAGCUUCUCUCAACGGGUGCUGGAUGGACUUGAUUGGACACAGGAGGAACUUGCCAUUUGUCGUCAACGCAUGAUUGAACGUUGUCGUGAUGUUUUAAUCACCUCUUAUUUACAACCAUUAGAACAACAACAACAACAACAACAGGGUGAUAGUAGUGUUAGUAGUAAUAAUAAUAAUAAUAGUAAUAAUAAUGGAGCUGAAGUUCAAAAGUUGAAAGAUCGAUUACGUCGGUUGUUAAAUACGGGUCUCGCAAAGGAGGUAUUAUACGCGGUGGGAAAAGAAUACCUGCGGGUGGUGAAAUACAGUGAAACGACUGGAUCCAUGCAGCGAUUAUUACUAUUCCUACAAGAGACCGCUCCUCAUCGUCUACAAAGACGAUUGGAUAAAUGGCGUUGUUUAAGUCGUGUACGUCAACAUACAUUUAAAGAUUCUGCGGCGAUGGUGGAUUUGGCGUGGUAUGUCUCUGUAGAGGAAUUGGAGUCUACAGCCCGGUGUGUAGCGACGGCAAUAUUGCUGGAUCCAGAAAUGGAUCAACAGAAGCGACAGGAACGUCGGGAGGCGUUGCGGGUAUUAGCAGAGACAUUUGUGGCGUAUGGACAACCCUACAAGGGUGCGAAUAAGCAGACAAUGGAUACACUUAUGAAUUCCUUACGGGAAUAUCAACAUCAGCAACAGAAACAAAAAGAAAGUAAUUAA